AGUUUAGUAAUUUGCGUAAUAAGCUCCCCUUAGUUAGCCGCCAUAUUGUUUAAAAUUAUUCUGCAAAGCUCGUUGACAGCUCUACUCGCUAACAAGCCCUGCUAACUCGUCAGAAAACUUUUGUCGCCGCUUUAUGCUGAAUGACACCAAGCGAGAAGAAGCAGCAGCGUAUUAGCAAAUUAGUUGAUUAAGCGAAAAAAACGGAAUGUUAUAGAAAUACGUAAAAUAGUUUGUAAACCACAAGCACACACAACAACAAUCCAAAUGAACAAACACAUCUGCACACGUUGGGCAUUCGAUUUGAGCACAUGGACGCCAACUCUGCCACAGCUGACGCAUGCGGUGGCUGCCAUACAAAUCGAGGAGCGGACACGCCUGAUGAAAUUUCAUUUCAUCGAUGACUUUCUGUCCUCGCUGAUUGGCCGUCUGCUAAUGCGCAAAUUUGUGAGCACGUGCACCAACGAGCCGUAUCAUCAAGUGCACUUUGAGCGUGAUGUGCGCGGCAAGCCAUAUUGGGUGCCAUCCAAGUCCGCCAAGGAUAACAGCUCAACGCUCAGCUUUAAUGUCUCUCAUCAGGGCAGCCUGGUGCUGUUAGCGGGUAUUCGAGGCAGUCGGGAUGACGCUGAGUUUGGCAUUGGCACAGAUGUUAUGAAGAUCGAGUAUAGUGGCGGUAAGCCAUUGGCAGAAUUCUUUCGCCUCAUGCAGAGCAAAUUCUCGCCCCAGGAGUGGAGCUACAUUGGGCGACCACAGCACACGGAGGGGGCACAGCUCAAGGCAUUCAUGCGUCACUGGUGCCUCAAGGAGGCCUACGUUAAGGAACUGGGCGUGGGCAUUACUGUCGAUCUCGAAAAGAUAAGCUUUGCCGUGGACACCACGCAUCCGCUGGAGGAGGCCGUCUCCCCACUGUGCGCCACCACGUUGCGUUGCAACGGCACACCCAUGACGCAAUGGCACUUCGAGGAGCAUUUAAUCACACAAUACUGCGCGGCGAUUGCGUUUCGCAAUUGUUUGCCGCACGAGAAUGCGCGCUUUGAGUUUGUGCCUUUCCAGGAUUUGAUAGAGCCAAGUGCAAUCGCUGAGCAGCCCGAGGUGGUGGAAUACUGCAAACAGGCGCUGCUGAAGCCGCAGAAACGACAUUCCUAGCACAGAAACAAUAGCAUAUAGAAAUUAGCAUAAUCUUUGAUACUGUAAUAAAUCUCUUUACAUAAACGAUAAGCAAAAAUGACGAGUAGCAACAGCUAGUGUAACUAUCAGGGCUGCAAAACGAGGAAGUUUUUGUUUGGGUUGGGUU